AUGAUUGUUUCUGAGGUUGAGCAACAGAUGCGGGAGAGGAAGAUGUCCGCGCUGCAAUCUUUAACGACGUCUUCUGCACCUUCAUCUCGCGUGAUGUUAUACACGACGCCUGGGGAAGUUGUUGACGGCGUCAAUGCAUCGGAAGGUUUCCUAAAAGGCCACGGGACGCAAGUCUCCGAGGGAGAGUUGAGAGCGACGGUGUCUGGUGUCGUAGAAAGAGUGAAUAAGUUAGUCUCCGUGAAACCGAUGAAAGCAAAGUACACGCCAGAAACUGGAGACGUCGUGGUCGGUCGGAUAAACAUGAUUUCCUCGAAAAGGUGGAAAGUUGAUAUAAACUCGAGACAAGAGGCGGUUUUACAACUCUCGAGCGUAAACUUACCAAGCGGUCAACAAAGACGACGUAACGAAGCUGACGAGUUGAACAUGUCGCGAUUAUUCGACACCGCUGAUGUCAUAUCGGCAGAAGUACAGUCGUUAUUUCAAGACGGCGCGGCAAACUUACAUGCGCGUUCCACGAAAUACGGAAGGCUUUCGAGAGGCGUACUCGUGGAAGUAUGCCCGAGUUUAGUGAAGCGGCUGCCACAGCACUUUCACGCUUUAGAAGUUGCACCGGGUGUUUUUAUAGAGGUUCUCAUAGGAUGUAACGGAUUCAUAUGGGUCGGGUCGCCCGGCGCCGCAACAUCGAAGCAAGCGACAAACGAAAAAAGCAAGACGCACGAAGAGGAACUCGUUGUGGUAGAUAAAAAGGAACGAGAAAACAUCGUGAGAGUGGCGAAUUGCGUCCGAGUGUUGGAUGAAAUCUUCUUUUACGUCACGCCUCAAUCGAUCAUGAGCAUUUAUAAACAAUCUGAAGGCAUAGAUGCGAAAAGUAUUUUAACGUCGGAUGGAUUUCUGGCGCGAGUCAUUGAGAGAGAGAUUGACGCUCGAACGCGUACAGAAGAAGACGCCGACAUGCUUUGA